AACUGGGUGUUGGGUAACUAUGAUGUUUUUAUUUUAGAAAAUAGUCCGUACACAUGAAUUAAUGUACUUUAAUAUAAAAAUGGAAGGUGAUACAACCUCAAAAGUGUGGUUGCCUCUAGAUUUAAAAAGAGAAAUAAGGUCUAGUAGUUUCACUAUAUGAAGAAUAAAUGCAAAAUUUAAAAAGAACUGUUAUAGCUGGAUAUAUCGACGACUUAUUCAAUUAUAUGAAAUAUUAUGGCUUAGUCUAAUCAAAGAAAGUUUACUGGGGCACUUUGUCUUUGGUAAAAUAAUGGGACAAGUUUAUUCUUGCCAUCAAAAAUGCCAUCAAAAUCCUUCCAGUCCUGAUGUCGAGCACUCUUUUUCACUACUGUGUUGUUGUUGACAGAGUCUAAGAACAGGAUAGAUAAAAGAAAGGCCAGUCCUGAAAGGAAGACCCCCGUAAAAAGGAGGAGGGUCACUGAGCAGGCUGCUCCUUCCACCAGCUCAGACACUCAUGAGGUCAAAGGAGUGAAGUGUAAGGUCCAGCAAGAUGCAGCGGGCACAACCAGUCCAGCAAAGAAGCCUAAACUUGCUAAGCCUGCGAGCGGUGACAAGGAGCAAGCGUCUUCCUCCUUGGACGCUGGUAAAGACUGCAGUCAAAGCACAAAUGGGUGCAUGAAAGAUGGCAGAAGGAAGCCUGCAGGAGACAGCAAAGAGCCACCCAAGAGAAAGAAAAGGGACAAAACCAAACACAGCGCCCAAAAUUCAGCAGCUGACCAGAGACCUGAAUUCCAGGCCAGAUACGUGCAGGAGCACCAUCUUGGAGGAGGCGGCUGUGGAGCAGUGUUUGCUGGCUACCGGAAAACAGAUCAUUGCCCAGUAGCCAUCAAACACAUCCCAAAGGACAGAAUCCCCAUCAAAGUGACGGGUGAAAACGGGAAGCGGCUGAUUCGACCCACCAACAGCAGCGAGGACUGGAGUGACAGUAACCCACUGACGUGCGAGGAAACUUUCUGCACAGCCUCACAAUUGGUCGACCUCUGA